UCCAGCUAAGCAGUUAGAACCUACGGUCAGUCCAUCUUUUUCAAAAAGUUAAUUGCACGCUUAUUUCUGGAUGCGGUGGCUUCAACAAUUCGAUUAGGAGCCGUUCAAUAAUUUGGGGAGUGAAACGAUAAGUAAAGUGAACAACAGAAGGGAAAGUGAGAACAAGUCAUGCUUAUCAUUGUUCUUAGCACUCUGAUCUUCCAGCACCAGCAGAUGACGCUGAUUGGGAUCUCCUCUGAAAGAAUUGAGACAAUAUGGAAUAGAUGGGAGGUCCGAGUAUUAGUUUUACUCAGUCUCUUCUUGCAAAUAGUUCUCAUCGUUUUGGGCAAACGGAGGAAGUACAUACCCAAAAAUUGGAUUAGAAUAUUCCUUUGGGUUGCGUAUUUGUCUGCAGAUUGGAUUGCGACUGUUUCGCUUGGCGUCCUCUCCCGAAAAGAAGGCGCUAAGAAAACUCAGUCAUACGAACCCGACUAUGUGAUAAUGGCAUUCUGGGCACCAUUUCUUCUCGUGCAUCUUGGUGGUCCAGACACCAUUACUGCCUAUUCAUUGGAAGACAAUGAAUUGUGGCCAAGGCGCUUGGUUGAGUUAGUAGUCCAACUUAUUGUGGCAUUGUACGUGUUGUCAAGGUCCUGGGUAUACACCAAAGUUAAUUUUCUAGCAAUUCCAAUGUUGAUAGCUGGAAUAAUUAAAAUUGGGGAGCGGAUAUGGGUUCUGCGAACUGCAAGCAAUGAUGUAUUCAGAGACUCAAUGCUCCCUCGACCCGAUCCAGGACCUAACUAUGCCAAAUUCAUGGAUGGAUACGAUGCCAAGAAAGCUGAGGGAUUCAAAAUCUCUGUAGGGACAAUAAUUGAUACUUCCACAGUUGUGAGACACGACAAUUUUCCAGAUGCAUUACAUGAGGCCUCUUACUUCUUCAGAGCUUUCAAGCCUUUAUUUGCAGAUCUCAUCCUAAGCUUCCAAGAUCGCGAGAAUAGCCGAUCUUUCUUCCAACAAAAAGAGACUGGCGAAAAAGCUUUUGAGGUGAUAGAGAUUGAGCUCGGGUUCAUGUACGAUUUACUUCUUACAAAGGCUGGUUUGAUCCAUUCUUGGCUAGGCAGCAUUUGUCGUUUUGUCAGUUUAUUAUGUACUAUUUCUACUCUAAUAGCCUUCUUGAUCAUCGAUAGAAAUGAUUACUCAAACAUCGACACGAGCGUCACUUUUUUGUUGCUGUUUGGAGCUAUCGUUCUAGAAAAUUAUGCAGUAAUUGUAUUACUUUCUUCAGAUUGGACAGAGCUUUGGCGGAGUAAGCAGAAGAAACCAUUGGUGGAUCUCAUCUCUAAAGCCAACUCGUGUUUUCAAUCAUGUUUUGGAUCAUGUAAACUAUUACCUCUAAACAAGAGAUGGUCGGAAUCUGUGGGGCAAUACAACCUAAUGAGUCACUGCAUCAAAUGUAAGUCAUUUAAAGGGAGUCGAACCAAGAAGUACAUUGAUGAAAAGUUAGAGAAAUAUUGGUACCGGAAUUUGGAGCCUGUCCAUGAUGAGGAUGAGGGUUUGAAAGAAAAGAUCUUUGUACAGCUUAAGGUGGCAAGCAGCAUAUCAGAUAUCAGCGUUUCUGAGCAAUUAUUUGCUUAUACUGGAAAUGAUGAUGUGACAAAAGAGUAUUUUCGUAAUCUUGCUGGGAGCAUGGAGGAAAACUUUGAUGAAACCAUUCUUCGCUGGCACAUUGCAACAGAUCUCUGCCAUUAUAGUGAGAAGGGCAAUUCCCAAAAUGUCAAAAAUUUGAUACGUAUAAGCAAGUUGUUGUCGAAUUAUUUGGUGUUCCUUCUAGUAAUGCACCCUUACAUGCUGCCCAGUGGGAUUGGUCAAAUUAGAUUUCAGGACACUUGUGCUGAGGCUAUCGAGAUUAUAGAAGAAAGAGAAUAUAUAUCAGACGAAAAAAAAGCUUGUGAAGUUCUAUUUAAAGUGAACACAGAAAUUCCGCCAUCACAAAUAAAAGGUGACAGGAGCAAGUCGGUGCUAUUUGAUGCAUGCAUAGUUGCACAAUCUCUGCAAUUCCUGGAGACACAACAGAAGUGGGAGAGGAUAAGUGAAGUGUGGGUGGGGAUGCUAUCUUAUGCUGCAAGUCAGUGUAGCUGGAAUUACCAUGCUAGGCGGCUCAGUCAAGGUGGAGAGCUACUCACUCACGUCUGGCUUCUGAUGGCCCAUCUGGGUAUAACUAAACAUUUCCAGAUUUCAAGGGGCCAUGAAAGGGCUAAGUUGUUUCUGAGUUAGAUGUAAGGGGGACUUCACGGCUAGUUGACCUGCCAAAGUCCUAUAGAGAAAAGGCUGCAUUGAUCUCUACAGAUGCUGUUUCUAAUAUUGUUGAAUAUUGUUGUUGUAGUA